UAGCCAAGUAGUCUGCAUCAUAUAUUGAUGAUGCUUGCAUAUAACAAUCAAUUAUGUGCUUAAGUAACUUGGGGAAAUGGAUUUUGUUGCAUAUUUUAUAAUUAAAGCCUACCAUGAGCUUUGAUUACUCUUUACAAUUUCCUGUAUCUCACUAGUGUUACUACUGUUGCUACCAACAAUAUAAAUUAAAAACUUCUACCUCCGUGAUUCAUAACAAGCAUCACAUUUGGCAAUGGUGCCCAUUACCCUGGAGCAGAGCCUCACUCAAGCAUCUCCUGGUGACAGCAAAGUAAAGUCAGAAGCCUUAGAAAAUGUUGAUCCUCCACCAGUCCUCAAAGUUUCUGCUAUCUACAUCAAGGAGGAACUUGAGGAUGGAAAUGAAGAAGUAUACAUCAAAGAGGAACCAUUCUUAUAUGGAAAUGAGUCAUGUUCAACAGCACCUCUCAGCCCUGCACCUGUAUACUCCUCUUGUGUGCCAUGCAAGACGGAAGCUCAAGUUGAGGCUAACAGCGCCCUCCCAAAAUCAUCACAGAACAUUUUUGCUCUUUCUACAAAUCAGGUAAAUUAACUCAAUUUUCGUAAAGUUGGAGGAAUAGGCGUCCUGUUCUGACAGGUUUUUAUCAAUUAUUGGAUGACAGAUGGUUUUGUAGGUUUGUAGUAAAGUUUCCUAGUGUUGUCCAUUUGAUGUUCCCAAGAGAACUUAUGUCACGUUUUGCUUUUUGAGGAUUUUGCUGUUGCAGUUUUGUGUUGGGAGGCGAAACUGAGCACGAGAUCAAAGUUUAGGCCA